ACAAAUAUUCCAUUGUCACUCUCCAUCGCAAUGAAGUUCUGCUUGGUGCUAAUCGGUUUGCUGCUCUGCUGUGGCCAAAUAUUCGCCGCCUACGAUUGCCCGAGCAUCUGUCCAGCGAUAUAUAAACCGGUCUGUGGACAGGCCACGAUCAAGGGAAGGCCGGUGCGCUGCGAGUUCUCAAACAGCUGUGUGAUGGGAGUUAAUGCCUGCACUAAGGGAAUUAACUGGCAGGAAUCGCCUUGUAAAGGACUUUCACCACUGUGCGAUGCCCUGAAGAACUAAGUUGAUUACUCAAACAUAAAAAAUACUUUUAUAGGUUUACCAAUCCAAAAUCAAAUCAAUAUAUAAAUAAUACUGAUAACCGCAUUUGAAAAUGGGAACAUUCCGUAUUAAAUACUUUAAAAAAUCA